UGUACCUUUCUUGCCAGCAAAAAAAAAAAAAAAAAAAAGAGCUUUUCUGAUUUCUUCAGUCCCUUAAGCAGCAAAAAGAAAAUAUAGGAAGAAGCAAUGUGCAAUCUAAAGCUGCCAGUUGUCCUUAUUGUGCUCUCUGUUGCUUUAAGCUAUUUGGAGGCUACACCUAUUGAUAGACUAAUGUCAGUGGCUGGUGAUCUCUCCGAUGGAACUUCUGACAGACAAGAAUGGAUAUUGCCAAUUCUGGCAAGAAAUAGAAUGUUGGAACUUAGUGGGACAGUGCCUGAACAAGGAGCAGGAAAAAUCAAAAGUCAUCAUCUGGAAAAAAGGAAAUGCAAUACGGCCACAUGUGUGACACAGCGCCUAGCUGACUUUCUAGUUCGAUCCAACAACAAUAUUGGAGCAAUAUUGUCUCCUACCAAUGUGGGAUCCAACACGUACGGCAAGAGGGAGACAGUUGGGAUGUUAAGUAAAGAAUCUCUGGAUUAUCUCCCACAUUAGAGUGUCAUAUGGCAGUUGUAAUUCUGUUGAACUUUUCUUCUUUCAUGUAUCAAUGUUCUUAGUGAUUUCACCUAUCACUGUUUUGUUUUCUUUUGUGGCUUUGUUUAUUUAUAAUGAUUCCUAUUUUUGUAGUUUCCUGAUAUAUGUAACUGCUUAUUUGAAUUCAAGAUAAAAUUUCUUUGUAGAAAGAAAUACAUGAGCACAUGUAUAUGUAAUUGCUGGCAGUUUUUAAUUAAAACAUUUGAAAAAGACUUGUAUAUCUCUAUAGAAGAAACUUAAGAACAAAGGAGCAUAUUAAGAUCUUCCUAUCUUGUCAUGCUAUUUGAAAAACAGUAAAUUGUAGAAAGCUAAUAGCUGUUUUGAUUCUGAACAGGAGUGAAACUAGCAAUUGAAAGAACUAGACCCUGGUACAAUUUUGGAAGCAGUCUCUUUGAAUACUCAAUUUUCUGAAAAGAAGUAAGAUGCUGGUUAAAAAAAAAAUGAAUUAAAUUAUCAAGCUGUCUUUAUUCAUUUUAGUUUAAAAACAGCCACAUCCCUACUUCAGUUAAUUUUUGAAACUAAGUUCUUUGUCCUUGCUGGUUCUAAGUGGUUACUUAAAAAUCUAAAAGCAGUAUGAACCCAUGAGGGCUUUAUUGUAUAUUAAUAAAUGUUUAUGACCAUUACUCUAUAUAAGUUGGCUUUCAGCAAACCUCUAUGACUGCCUCAUGCAGGCUAUGAUAAUAGAAGCUUGUGUUCCUUUUCAUCACAUCAUCAACUUAAAAAGGUCACUGUCCUCUGGAAACUAUGUAACAUGUGGUGACUUAUUCUCUGUCAGGUUUUUUAAACUAACUAAAGAUUUCUUGUGGAAGUUAUAUGUGAAAACCUCACUUACUUCAUCGAAAGAAGUGGUCAGUGAUUUGUGACAUAAAACUC